CAGUCUUUUGAUGAAAAAAGCAACCAUGAUGAGAAAUAUACUUCUUUAAGAUCUAUGUUUUCACUUAUGAAAGAAAUUAAAGAUUGAUUUUUGAUGAACUGCAAUGACUUUACUUCCAACGUCUCUACAUGCAAACUUCAAUCCCAAAACCCAAGCUUUUGUUUAUUCUCCGUACAAUCGCAACAUCGGCCACCGGCAGCUACAGCACUCAAAGUGCUGCGUCGGAACGCGGCUUCCUUACCCUUCUUCAUUCUUGCAACACAUUCUCAAACCUCCUCCAACUCCAAACCCAAAUUCUCAAAUUGGGUUUCCAUAACAACCCUUUAAUUCUCACCAAAUUUAUAGCCAAAUCCUCUGACCUCAACUCCAUUCAUUACGCUCAUUGCUUCCUCUUUUCACCCCAUUCCAACACCGAUUUCUACGAUGCUUUCCUUUUUAACACUCUUAUCAAAGCUUAUGCCCAAUCUGGGGACUUGAAGCUCAAAGCUUUAUGGGUUUUCAAUUUCAUGCUUGAAUGCCAAGUUUUGCCUAAUAAUUUUACGUACCCUUUUGUUUUAAAGGCCAGUGCUGGCAUUGGGGACUUGAAUUUAGGCAAGUCCGUUCAUGGGUCAUUGUUAAAAUUUGGUUUUGAUGGGAAUAAUCAUGUUUUAAACACAUUGGUACACAUGUAUUGUAGCUGCAAAGGAGGGAUUCAGAUUGGUCGUAAACUGUUUGAUGAAAUGACGAAAAAUGACUCAGUUCCUUGGAGCGCUAUGAUUGGUGGGUAUGUUCGUUUGGGGCGAUCGAAUGAUGCAGUUGACUUAUUUAGGCAAAUGCAGAUACAAGGUGUUUGCCCUGAUGAGAUUACAAUGGUCGCUGUUUUGUGUGCUUGUACUGAUUUAGGUGCACUUGAACUAGGGAGAUGGGUUGAGUCUCUUAUUGAAAAGAGAAAACUGAACAAAUCUGUAGAGCUCAAUAAUGCGCUUAUUGAUAUGUUUGCCAAGUGUGGUGAUGUUGACAAAGCUUUGAAAUUGUUUAGGACCAUGAAUGAGAGAAGUAUUGUUUCUUGGACCUCUGUCAUUGUUGGUUUAGCCAUGCAUGGGCGUGCAUUGCAGGCUGUUUCUUUGUUUCAGGAGAUGAUAAGAGAUGGGGUUGAACCAGAUGGUGUUGUUUUCAUUGGGUUGCUCUCUGCUUGUAGUCAUUCUGGAUUUGUUGAGAAAGGAAAGGAAUAUUUUGAUUUGAUGAGGAAGGAGUUUGCUAUUUUGCCUAAAAUCGAACACUAUGGAUGCAUGGUAGAUAUGUUAUGUAGGGCAGGACAUGUUAGAGAGGCAGUGGAGUUUGUUCAAAAGAUGCCUAUUGAGCCAAACUCUAUUGUUUGGCGAACAUUGGUAAAUGCUUGCCGUACACACAGUGAACUCAAGCUAGGAGAGAACCUUGCCAAACAACUAAUACAAAACGAGCCUACACUCGAGGCCAAUUACGUCUUGCUUUCCAAUAUAUACGCAAAGAUGUCCCAUUGGGAGGAGAAAACCAAGACUAGGGAAGUGAUGGACAAGAAGGGGAUGAGAAAGAUCCCAGGGAGCACUAUGAUAGAGCUAAAUAAUAAGAUUUAUAGAUUUGUUGCUGGAGAUAUGUCUCAUAAUCAGUUCAAGGAAAUAUUUGAGAUGGUAGAUGAGAUGGGGAGAGAAAUGAAGAGGGCUGGAUAUGUUCCUUCUACUUCGGAAGUUAUGCUUGAUAUCGAUGAAGAAGACAAGGAAGAUAAUUUGAAUAGGCAUAGUGAAAAACUGGCCAUUGCUUUUGCUCUUAUGAAUACUCCACCAGGGACUCCUAUUAGGAUUGUGAAAAACCUGCGAGUUUGUAAUGAUUGUCAUUCUGCCACUAAGUUUAUAUCAAAGAUUUAUAAUCGAGAAAUUAUAGCAAGGGAUCGGAGUCGGUUUCACCAUUUCAAGGAUGGUUUAUGCUCAUGUAAGGAUUUCUGGUAACAAAGGACAAGGAUGAAAAACUAUGUUACUCGAGUCUUCUUUAAUCACCAAAGUAUUUCAAAGUAGUAGAACUCCAUUGGAAUGGAGAGUUCUUGUCUGUAACAUGCUUGUCUGGUUAGUUUAAGGUACAAGAGAAAUAAAACAGUUCACUGUUUUUUUUAUGCAAA